UUGAAAUAAAAUUUAGUGAUUUGAAAAAUUGUCCCCAUUGAAAGAAGGAAGAAAGUUUGUUUACCAUAUGAGGAUUUGAGGUUAUUAUUUGACACUGACACAAAGGACACAAAUACGUUUUAAAGACGUUUUUAAUUUAGUUUUAUGUAUGAGAGAUAUAUCUUUAUUAAAAAUGAAUUCCAACAAAUUUAGAACAAUGGAAGAUGAAAUGAGCAGGUUUGAAGCAGAGAUAUCUGCUGCUCCAAUACUCAACGCCUAUGGCCCAGCAUACAUACCUGGUUUUGGAGCUAUACCUCCACCACCAGCACCUCCAAUGUUAAUACCACAUCAAGUUAAUAAGGGUGUCAAAAGAUAUGAUAAUCUAUUUUUAACACCUACUUCUACUCAGUCCGCAGUGGUUUCUGCGAAACCUACUUUAUAUGCUGCUCCUAAGGCAAGUACUCAAUCAAUGCCUCAGGCAGCCCCGACACAGUCAGUAGAUUUUAUUGCUCUUCAAAAUGAAGUGGAGAAAAAAUUAAAGAAGUUGAAGAAUGAGAAAGUUAGUGCAGAAUUAGCUAUUUCUCAAGGUAAAGCUAGCAGUGCACUACAAUCUUUUGGUCCUGAGGAUUAUAAAAGAAAAAGUACCAAAAAUAGAAAGCUGAUGAGAACAGCUGGAGGUCAAACUUGGGAAGAUUCUUCAUUGGCUGAUUGGCAAGAUGAUGAUUUUAGGAUUUUCUGUGGAGAUCUUGGAAAUGAUGUUACUGAUGAGCUAUUGACUAGAACUUUCAAUAAAUUUCCUUCAUUUCAAAGAGCAAAGGUUAUCAGAGAUAAAAGAACUAAUAAAAGUAAAGGCUAUGGUUUUGUAAGCUUUAAAGAUCCUGCCGAUUUUACUAAGGCCAUGAAGGAAAUGAAUGGACGUUAUGUGGGUAGCAGACCUAUAAAGCUAAGAAAAAGUACAUGGCGCAAUAGGUGUAUAGAUAUUGUGAAGAAGAAGGAGAAAGAAAAAGUAGCCCUUCUAAAUUUAUUGACUUCUGGAAGUAGAUGAAUCUUUUUAUGUUUUACAUGUUAUAAAUGGAUGAAUUGUACGAGUGUUUAAGAAUUGAUUGUACAUAAUAUACUGUAUUUCUAAGCUAAUUAUGUAAAGUAAAGUAGGUAUUGCAUA